AGAACCGGUAUGAAAAUGGGACACUAUUUAUUCUCAGUCAUUCCGAAUAUUUGAUUUAAAAAAUUUAUUCUUAUUUUUUACUAAACAUUAAAAGAGAUUCAACAAAAUUUGUUAUAAUAUUUUAAUGUGAAUUCUUAUGUAAACAACGAAAUUUAAUUUAAUUUCUAAGAAAAAUGGGAACUGUUUACGCAAAGGAAUCAAAUAUGUCCAGAAAUAUAAAUGAAACUUCAAGUAAUAAUACUGAAAAACAAAAUUUUAAAAAGAAUAAUUCUGAAAAGAUGAAUUUAUUUGAAAAAAGGAAAGAGGAACCCAUUGAUCUUCAUUCAGUAAAGGCAAGAGUUGAUAGAAUACAUGUAGAUGGGCUUAUAAGAACGAAAGAUGAUAUAAUAAAAGCUCAAGUAAUAGAACUGUUUAAAGCUCAAGAUUUUUAUGAUGUUGUUCUACGUGCCUAUAAAGUGAGAGAAAAGUUACAAGGUUUAGGAUGUUUUGGAAAUAUUGGAAUUUACAUUGAUACCAGUCAGGGUCCUCGUGCUACCCCAGAAGGCGUUGAAGUCACUUUUAUGGUACGUGAAAUAAGACGCUUAACAGGUGGAAUUAGUACUAUGGUUGGAAAUAAUGAAGGUUCAGUUAUUGUUCAUGCAAAAGCACCCAAUUUAUUUGGAAGAGGAGAACGUUUACAGAUGGAAUAUUCUUAUGGUUCAAAAAGUUCAACUAAUAUAAGUAUAUCUGCUGUUAAACCAUUUAUAGAUAAUUGGCGUCAUACAGUAUUAACUGGUAGUGUGUUUAACACAUCAAAUAGAUUUCCAUGGUCUGGUUUUAGUCAAUGUGAUAAAGGUUUUUUAUUAGAUAUUGGUCUUAAUCCAGACGGAGCAGGUACAUUAAAGCAUAACUUGCAAUAUGAAGCUACAUAUAGGGAAAUAAUUUCUUCUAAACAAGUAUCGUUUCGCGUUCGAGAGCAAUGUGGUCCAAAUUUAAAAUCUGCUCUACGACAUAUUUGUUCUAUUGACAAAAGGGAUUCAUUAAUAUUUCCUACUAUGGGAAGUUUAGUACAAUUUUCGACAGAAGUAGCUGGUCUUGGUGGAGAUAUAGGAUUUGUUAAAAAUGAACUUACCAUGCAAACUAAUUGGUCACCAUAUGAAUGUCUAACCUUCCAACUGGGUUUUCAAUCUGGAUUGCUUCGAGGAAUUAGCAAUGACAUGAAAAUAAAUAUUGCUGAUCAUUUUUUUCUGGGUGGACCAUUAAAUCUUAGAGGAUUUGAUAUGAGAGGUUGUGGACCUCGUCAUGAUGGAAAUUCUAUUGGUGGCGAUGCAUAUUGGGCUCUUGCACUACAUUUAUACACACCAUUACCAUUUAGACCUGGUCGUAAUGGUUUUGGUGAUCUGUUCAAAUUGCAUGGUUUUAUCAAUGGUGGAAACGUAUCCAAUUUUACUUUUAAAUUUGCUAAUGAUUAUAAAGAAAAUAUGAAAAUUUUUAAAGAAAAUGUUCGUUGUGCAGUUGGUGGAGGUAUUGCAAUGAAACUUGGAAAUAUAGCGAGAGUAGAGUUAAACUUAGUUAUGCCUUUGUUAUUUGUCAGGAGCGACGUAUUGCAACAAUUUCAAUUUGGUAUUGGGUUGCAAUACUUAUAAAUAAUUCCUAUUUCAGAGUAGUAUAAAUUAUACCUACAUUAUUUCUAUAUGAAUCAUAUGCAUUUAAUGUAAAAUAAAUUACAAUUAUAAAUUUAUAACUCUUAUGAAAAUAUAUGCUAAUAUCAUUAGAAAUAAGUAUCAAAAAAAGCAUUUCCAAUAAAAAUUCAUACAAAUCUA